GUAACCAGCGUGGCGGUCGACCUGGGGACUCUGGGAGCGCCUCCGAGAGAGUGCGAGGUGGUGACGUCAGCGGAGGUAGAGGCAGCAGGAGCAGGAGCAGGUCAUGACGAUGUCUCCCCCAUGUUCUUCGGCCCUUUUGCUGGUCCUCGUGGCCGUGGGUGUUGGCGUGGGCUUAGGGGCGGAGUCAGCGAACAGUCUGAGCGUGGUAGAAGCGUCUCGCUUGCUCGCCCUUGACGCUGAGAUCGUGCGGCGCCUCCAGGCGUAUCUGGAGGAGGAGGAACGCCGUCAACGGGAGGAGGUGGAGGGUGACCCUGAGAGCCACACGCAUGAGCACCCUUGGAUCCCGGCGCCCCUGGAGAGCAUCAGUAGAUACAUACACGAGUUCGACGCCGUGACGGAGGGCCACGCCGGUGCCAACUACGAGACGGGAGCAAGCGAAGGGUUGCCAUCAGCUGACCCUCUUCGCACCAUGGUCAUCACGAGGCGACUGGGGAGAGACUGGCCGGCACUGAGAGACGCACACUUCAGAAAUAACCAGUCUUGGCAAGGUGUGGUGGAAGCGGUGGAGGCAGCUGAGGCGCGACUCGGGGUGGCGGGGGGCAGGGAGGCGGUGGCGGGCGGCACGGCCCUCUCCCUGAUGCGCCUCCACCACGUGUACAACCUGCACGCCCACCACCUGGCACAGGGCAGCCCUGCGCCCCUCGCGGACGGCGCCCGACCGAGACGCCGCAGCGCCGCCAUGCCCUUGCUACGGGCGUCAGACUUAAGCGCCGUGGGCGUUAAGGCGAUGGAACAGGAAAUGUAUGGGCGCGCUGCCGAGUGGUUCGAGGCCGCCCGCGAUGCAGUAGAAAACGAGGCAGAACAGGAAACAUCACAAAGCACCACCAAGAGUGACACUCUUCGCCGCCAGAUGGAUCUCCUGCUUCAUAUCUCUACUUCAUUACAUGACCUCCUGCUGACCCGCCGAGGCUUCACCGGCCAGACUGGCAUCUUCCCCGAGCAGCUGUCACAGAUUUCCCUCAUGGAACAGAAGGAGUCAGAUGUGACCCCUCCUGACCUCGGGAAGCUGGGAAAAGAUGACCCCACGAGUGUCACCGUCAAGCCCAGGGAUGAGCUUGCCUUCUCCAGGCUUUGUCGAGGUCACAGGUUAUUGACUCCAACCGAGGAGAGUCGCCUGAAGUGCCGGACUGACGCUCGAGGCUCACCCUACCUCGUCCUCAUGCCCGCCCGCGUCGAAGAGCUCAGCCUCGACCCGCUGAUCCUCGCCUUCAGGGAUGUCCUCACCAACCGCCAGAUCGAGGAUGUUAAGGACUUGGCGCGUCCUAUUCUGGAGCAAGCGGCCACGGCGUUUGGGAUCAACAGCGACACCAUCAGCGUGAGGUCGUCGCACACGGCGUGGCUCCGGGACGACACGCACGCCACCGUCAGGAGCGUCGGGGUCAAGGUGGCGGCGCUCACAGGGCUCGUCGUGAAAGAGGACGCGGGAGGAGAGGUUCUUCAGGUUAACCUCUAUGGCUCUGCGGGUCACUACAUACCCCAUCACGAUUUCGUCGGUGCUCACUACAAGGCUUGGGAGAUGCAGCCUCCCGAUGACAGUGUCCUGGCCGGACACCCGAACGGAGACCGCAUUGCCACCUUCAUGUUUUAUAUGAAUGACGUGGAAGAAGGCGGCCGGACCGUGUUUCCAAGGGCGAGAGUGGGCGUGGAACCGAGAAAAGGAAGUGCUGUGUUUUGGUGGAACCUUCUGCCCAACGGAAUGUCAGACUUUAGGACUCUGCAUGGAGCGUGCCCAGUCAUCAGAGGGACCAAGUGGGUGUGCAACAAGUGGAUCAAACACCAUCCGCAGCUUCACCGACGGCCAUGUCCUGUCAUCUAAAUGUGGAUUCCUGUCUGGCAUGGUCAUAAAGUACAUGAAUGCUUACAUGUAUACUUUGUAUUCUUGUUCUGCAAACGUAUAUGUGCACAUGCUAGCAGUUUUAUUAUUAUUGUUACUGUGAUAAGUAUUAUUGAUAAUAGGGCCCUUUUUUCUUAGCAUAUGUGGAAACAACAGCUAUUCAGAAUAGCAAAAAAGGUUCCGCAAAUUUGUUUAGGAUGUUGGGUCAUCUCUCAACUGCAGUACUUUACCCUAAAAAAAUAUAUUUAAAUUGUAGUGUGAACACCCAUAUUGACAAUGAAUAAACACAUUAGCAGUUAAUGACACAAAAGUUGCAAGUAAACAUCAACAUUGUGUAUGAAACUAUCCCUAUGAAAACACCAAAAACAAAAACAAACAAAUAAUACUGGUAUAUUCAUCAAUUGUUUUAAUA